AAUCAGUCUCUAUACGAGUACAUGUAGUAACUCGCAAAGUACAAAUUAAAGCAUCCAGUUCAGAAUAUAUUACGUCUACUUUCAUUGCUUAUCUACGAGUCUUUGACGUAGUUUCCCUUUUAAACUGUAAGUACAAUUCUAUUGAUACAAACAUGCUAGCUUCGAAGUAUGCUUUCAAGUGUAUCACAGAACCGUGGAAGAAAUUGUUUUCCGAGGCAGGAAAUAUUAUACGUACAAAUAAAAUCGUUAGACAACUUUCAACGAUAGAUCCUAAGGACAUUGAACACCACACUGCUCAAAAAAACAUUUGGUGGGACUAUAACAUAACAAAAACACUUCAUGAGUUCAAUCCGAUCAGAAUACAAUUUGUAAAAAAUGGAUUAGCAAAAGCUGGAUUUAAAAUACAGAACUCGAAUCUUCCAUUAGAAGGAAUCAAGAUUGCGGAUGUUGGCUGCGGGGGAGGUAUAUUAAGUGAAGGUUUAGCUAAAUUAGGAGCGCAAGUAACUGGGAUAGAUCCAUCCGAGGGAUUAAUAAAUAUUGCUAAAGAACAUGCAAAACUGAAUUCUAAUAUAUCAGAAAAAGUAAAUUACAUUCAUACAACCGUGGAAGAUUUUGCCCAAAAAGAGAAAGAAACAUAUGAUGUUGUUGUGACCUCUGAGGUCGUAGAACAUGUAACAGACCCACAACAAUUUUUAAAGGGAUGUGUGAAUCUUGUGAAACCUGGAAAGUCGAUUUUUGUAACGACAAUAAACAAAACUCUAGCAUCUUUGCUGUUUGUUAUUAUAGCAGAUGAAUACAUUUUCUCAGCUAUACCUCGCGGUACUCAUCAAUGGAAUAAAUUUAUUCCUCCACACGAAGUUCAACGUAUAUUGAAGAAUUAUGGUUGCGAAACGAAAAUGAUCCAAGGUUUCAAAUUAAAUGGAAUAAAACGAGAAUGGAAUCUGUCGUCAUCUGUAUCUACUUUUUAUGGACUUCAUGCAAUCAAAAAUGAAGAAACUGACAUAUAAACUGUUGAGAUAGCACGCUCUGUAGUCACUCUAUACGUAGCUUUUAAGCUUUACUAGUAUAUAGAUGUCGCCUUUCUGUUUAGUUAGUUUUAAUGUGCUUCAUCGCCAUUAGCCCGAGCGACUACUACAUUAGGCUUAUUCUUUUUAGCUGAACUUUUUGCACUAGUGCAAGAAGUGUUCUUUUAAUGAAUUAAAGCAUUCUUUUAACGAAAAUUUCGUUAAAUGUCACUGUUCUUUUUCGCAGUGCAGCGGUACUCAGUAUAACAAUUCACUGUACUGGCACUAUGUCAUAAGCAAGUACAACAGUGCAGUGCAGAGACCAUCAACAAAGAAGUUAAGAAAUUUUGAAACUUUGCAAGAAGUUAAGUGUUGCUCUUAAUGAAUUAAUAUUAAAAAUAUAUAAGUACUUAUAAAAAUACAUAUAAUUAAGAUAUUUAAAAAAAUAUUUUAAAUUUAAUAUAUUACAUGUUUAUAUAUAACAAACUAAUAAUGUUUUAUCCCUCUUUGUACUGUCACACUCGCGAAAUUGAUUCAGUGCAGUGCAUAAGCUGUGUUGAACUAAUGCUGAACUAAAAAGAACAAACCGAGGAACAAACUUAUUGUAUUGAGAUCAACGGUUUUAUUUAUCUUUUGUUAAUCACACACGUUUUCGUUAGUCACAUGUGCACAUUUCACUCACUUCAGUUCUAUUAAAUAUCUCUUAGCACAAAUUCCAUUGCGUUUAUUAUAUAACACA